AUGAAAUAUACGAUUUCCAGCGCCGACAAGGAGUACUCGCUCAGCGUCGCGCCGAACAAGUUGGCCGUCGACACGGCAAGCCCCUGGGUGUCCGUGGUCCGCGAAAGGUACACGAUGUGCGCGACUGGGCACUGUAGCUACACGCGCUACAUGCAAAUGUGGGAGGCCGUCGCGCAGAACCAUCUGAGGGCCCUGAUGCUGGGCAACUACAUCCCGGGCAGCUGGAACCACUACUGGGUGCCGAACGGGAUGGCCAUGCAUAUGCUCUACGUCACGCUCGCCAAAAAGCAUCAGCCCUUUGCGCAUUUGAAACUGCGCUUCUCGAACGUGAUGCGUGCCGCGUUCAACGCCGGCGCCACGGCCAGAAUCGGGCUGGCCAGUCGGGAUCUGGAAUCGUUGACCAUCGACGAGCUGGAGGAGAUGACCACCGCCCGGGGCACCGUCUAUCGGGCUACGGCCGUGUUCGACACGUUGAUGCUCGGGUUCCGCAGCGCAGACGGCGAGCAGACGUGGAUGAAGUAUUAUCAUAGUGGUUAUCUGAAAUUCCAGGUGACGCCGCUGACGCGCUUGGCGCUUUAUGCUGAUGCUCUGGACGAAGGACUUGUUGGAGAGACUUGGAUCGAGUAUCCAGCCCAGCACCCGAACCAUUGGCGGCUCUACGACACGGUGUUGAACGAAGAACGGCCCGAAGUGCAGCCCCUCCUCGUCCAGAUGCUGUUGGAUUGGAAUGCGAAACGCAGCGACCCCGAGCCUUUUGAACGUCUCAUGGUGAACUGGCUGAUGCAAUACGGACGCCUCGAUGAAGCCUAUAAAGCCAUCACGGAGGAGCUGAAGCAGCCGGAGAACAUCGCCGAGAUCAGCACCGGGCUCCCGCAAAAGGCUGAAUAUCCGCUGUUCCUGAUCCGCCUGUCGUGCUACUUUGACCAGCGCCGCUGCAUCGACUGGGCCAAGGCCAUGUUUGACGCUGAUGUGAAAAAGCAUUGCCAGAAGCAGCAAAAGUUCAGCGAGUGCACCAAACUCCGCCCCUUCAUCCGCCCGUUCGUCUACUGCGUCGUGGUGACGGCCGGCAGCCAGGAGGACGUCGACAUGAUCACGUGGGCCCGAGAGAAUGAAGUGGACCGCACCGAGCAGCAGAACCUGAUCGACGCCUUCCGCCGCGAGUGCAUCAAGCCGAAGACGCCGGAGAACGAUCCCUACUUCCGGAAGCGCACCGGCAUCCGCGGCAUCUUCGCCCCGUUCAGCAUCGAGAAGGACGACGUCUACGAG